CAAUAUCAUUUUGAUUAUAAAACAAGACUAUCUGAUUUAUUAGCAAUGAAUUUUCAUAAUUUUGAAGAAGAAGUUAAAAAUACUGUUGACCGUGCUAUUAAAGAAAUGUCAGCAACAAAAAUUUUAAAUGAUAUUAAAAAAACAUGGUAUAAUAUGGAAUUCGAGUGGGACAUUCAUCCGCAACGAAAUGUAAAAUUAUUAAAAGUAUCUGAACAAUUAAUCGAAACAUUGGAUGAUAAUCAAAUGCAAUUACAAAAUAUAUCAACAUCAAAAUAUAUUGAAUUCAUUUUACCAAAAAUAAUUAAAUGGCAAGAAAUAUUAACAAAUAUCGAUUCCUUAAUUACAUUAUGGUUUGAAGUUCAACGUAAAUGGAUGUAUUUAGAAAGUAUUUUUAUUGGAUCGUCUGAUAUUAGAGCACAAUUACCGGAUGAUUCGAAAAAUUUUGAAGAAAUUGAUAUUGAAUUUACAGAACUUUUGUUGAAAACAGUUAAUGAAUCUAUGAAAAUGAUUAAUAUUAUUAAGGAUUUAAAUGAAAUUAAUACAAAAUUACAAAAUAUUUUAAAACGAUUAAUUAUAUGCGAGAAAGCUUUAAAUAAUUAUUUAGAAACUAAACGUUUAACAUUUCCAAGAUUUUAUUUUAUAUCUUCAGCAGAUCUUUUAGAUAUUUUGUCAAAUGGAAAUAAUCCAAAAUUGGUUGACAGGCAUUUAAUAAAAUUAUUUGAUUCAAUUUUAAGAUUUGAAUAUAAAGAAAUCAAAACUAAAGCUAUAGUUGAGUCCAUAUUAGGUGAUGGAAAUCAAAGCGAUGAUAUUCUUAUUGCUGAAGAAAUGAAAAAAUGUUUAUUGUUAGAUGAGAAUAAUGAAAAUGGAAAUGCAUUUACAUCUUCAACAAGUGUUGAUACAACUGAUAUUAGUAAUAAACAAAAUGUAAUGGAGGCAAUCGGGAUGCAUUCAAAAGAAAAUGAUGAAUAUGUUGAAUUCAUUACACCAUUUCAAUGUUCCGGACGAGUUGAAUUAUGGUUGAAUAAAGCUAUCAAUGUAAUGCGUACAACUUUAAAGCAUUUAUUUAAAACAGCAUUAUGGGAAAUACAAAAGGAUUCAAAUUUGCAAUAUAUUGAUAGAAGUGCAGCUAAAACAGAACAUUUAGUUUCAUAUACUAAUAUCAAUAAGAAUAGAACACAAAUAAAAUCUCGUGGUAAAUGGAUAUUUGAUUGGCCAGCUCAAACAGCUUUAUGUUGUUCACAAAUAUGUUGGACAUCAGAUGUGAAUAGAGCUUUUGCGUUAUUAGAAGAAGGUUAUGAAACAGCAAUGAAAGAUUUUCAUAAGGAGCAAAUUUCACAACUAAAUGCACUCAUCAAUUUAUUAUUAGGUGAAUUAAGUCCUGGUGAUAGACAAAAAAUUAUGACUAUAUGUACAAUUGAUGUUCAUUGUCGUGAUGUUGUAUUAAAAAUUAUUCAAACAAAAGUUGAAAAUUCAAUGGCAUUUCAAUGGCAAAGUCAAUUAAGACAUCGUUGGGAUACUAAUAUAAAUGAUUGCUAUGCAAAUAUAUGCGAUGCAGAAUUUUUAUAUGCAUAUGAAUAUUUAGGUAAUACAACAAGAUUAGUUAUAACACCAUUAACCGAUCGAUGUUAUAUAACUUUGACACAGUCAUUGCAUCUAGUGAUGGGUGGUGCACCUGCUGGGCCAGCUGGUACAGGUAAAACGGAAACAACAAAAGAUUUGGGUAGAGCUUUAGGUGUAAUGGUGUACGUAUUCAACUGUUCUGAACAAAUGGAUUACAAAUCAUGUGGAAAUAUUUAUAAAGGACUUGCACAAACUGGUGCAUGGGGAUGUUUUGAUGAAUUUAAUAGAAUUUCAGUUGAGGUUCUAUCUGUGAUAGCUGUUCAAGUUAAAACAAUUCAAGAUGCGAUAAAGUCACUGAAAACAAAAUUUCUUUUUAUGGGCGAAGAAAUCUCUUUGGUAUCAUCAGUUGGAAUUUUUAUUACCAUGAACCCUGGUUAUGCUGGUCGCACUGAAUUACCUGAGAAUCUGAAAACAUUAUUUCGUCCAUGUGCAAUGAUUGUACCUGAUUUUGCAUUAAUAUGUGAAAUAAUGUUAGUAGCGGAAGGUUUUCAAAAUGCUCGUCUAUUAGCUAGAAAAUUUAUAACAUUAUAUACAUUAUGCAAAGAAUUAUUAUCAAAACAAGAUCAUUAUGAUUGGGGUUUAAGAGCAAUAAAAUCUGUUUUAGUUGUUGCUGGUGCAUUAAAACGUGGUGAUCCAAAUCGUCCAGAAGAUCAAGUAUUAAUGAGAGCAUUACGUGAUUUUAAUAUACCAAAAAUAGUAACAGAGGAUAUAUCAAUAUUUGUUGGUUUAGUAGGUGAUUUAUUUCCAGCACUUGAUGUUCCAAGAAAACGUUUAUUGGAUUUUGAAAGAACAAUAAGAAAAGCAGUUAGUGAAAUUAAAUUACAACCAGAGGAAAAUUUUAUUUUAAAAAUAGUUCAAUUACAAGAACUUUUAAGUGUACGUCACUCAGUUUUUAUUGUUGGUAAUGCUGGUACUGGAAAAACAAGAAUAUGGCAAUCAUUAUUAGCAACAUUUAAAUAUCAAAAGAAAAAGCCACAUUAUAGUGUAUUGAAUCCGAAAGCAUUAAGUAAUGAUGAACUUUUUGGUGUGGUGAAUGCAACAACAAGAGAAUGGAAAGAUGGUUUAUUUUCAUCAAUAAUUAGAGAUCAAGCUAAUAUUCAAGAUGAUAAUCCAAAAUGGAUAAUUUUAGACGGGGACAUUGAUCCAAUGUGGAUUGAAAGUUUAAAUACAUUAAUGGACGAUAAUAAAGUGUUAACAUUAGCGAGUAAUGAGCGUAUUGCAUUAAAAAAGGAUAUGCGGUUAUUAUUUGAAGUUGGUCAUUUAAAAUCAGCAACACCAGCAACUGUAUCUAGAGCUGGUAUUUUAUAUAUUAAUCCACAAGAUUUAGGGUGGUUUCCUUAUGUUUCAUCAUGGGUUGAAACCCGAGAGAAUAUCAUCGAAAGAGGAAUACUAACAACAUUAUUUGAAAAAUAUUUUCCCAAUUUGAUUAAAAAAAUCGACUAUUUUAAGAAAAUAACCCCAAUCAGUGAUAUAUCAAUGAUUCAACUCACCUGUUUUUUAUUAGAAUAUAUGUUAGAUGGGCAUAAUAUAAAACCGGAAUUUUUAGAAAAAAAUUUAGAAAUAAUUUUUGUUUUUGUAACCAUUUGGGGAUUUGGCUCUAGCUUAUCCGAUCAGGAUCACUUGAUUGAUUGGCGUAGAGAAUUUCAUAAAUGGUGGAUAAUGGAAUAUAAAGAUAUUAAAUUUCCAAAUGAUGGUACUAUAUUUGAUUUUUACUUGGAUCAAGAAUGUUAUAAAUUUAAAUUAUGGGAAAAUUUAAUACAAAAAUUUGAAUUAGAUCCUGAAUUGCCACUACAGAAUGUUUUGGUACCUACAAUAGAAACAUGUCGGUUAACUUAUUUUGUAAAAAAACUUUUAAAAAAACAUCAUCCCGUUAUGUUAGUUGGAGGAUCUGGUUGUGGCAAAUAUUCAAUUUAUCGAGAAAUAUUCAAUUCAUAUGAUGGUAGAAUUGAUAUUAGAACAGCAAAUUUUAAUUAUUAUACAAAUUCAGAUAUAUUUCAAAAAAUAUUAGAUUAUCCAUUAGAAAAAAAAUCUGGACGAUUUUAUGCACCAACUGGUAAUAAACGUUUAAUUUAUUAUAUAAGUGAUUUAAAUAUGCCCGAAGUUGAUUCAUAUGGUACAGUACAAUCACAUACAGUUAUACGACAAUUUAUGGAUUAUCAUCAAUGGUAUGAUCGUAAUAAAUUAACAUUGAAAGAAAUACGUAAUUGUCAAUUUGCUGUUAGUAUGAAUCCGACAGCCGGUUCAUUUACAAUUGAUCCAAGACUUCAACGUCAUUUUUGUAUAUUUACUGUUAAUAGCCCAAAUGAAGAAACUUUAAUACAUAUAUUUUCAACAAUAUUAGAACAACAUUUAGAAAAUUUUCAAAAUUCAUUUACAAAAGAAAUAAAAUCAAUUAAUCAUGUUUUAUGCUCUGUUGGUGUAGCAUUACAUAGACGUAUUGAAUCAGCAUUUUUACCAACAGCAGUUAAAUUUCAUUAUAUUUUCAAUUUAAGAGAUAUGAGUAAUAUUUUUCAAGGACUAAUGAAUUCUAAUGGACUAACAUGUCAAAAACCAAUGGAUUUAAUACGAUUUUAUGUACAUGAAGCAUUUCGUGUAUAUCACGAUAAAUUAGCUGACCAUCAUGAUAUUAAAGCAUUCCGUUCAAUAUGCCGUGAUAUAUUUAAAAAGGAUAUUGAAGAUUUUGAUGAAGAUUAUGUAUUCAAUGAACCACUUAUAUAUUGUAACUUUGCCCAAUCAUUAUUAGAUCAAAAAUAUAUGCCUAUUAAAAAUUGGAAUACGUUAUAUGAAUUAUUAAUAGAUGCACAAAAUAGUUAUAAUGAAAUUGUUGGUUAUAUGAAUUUGGUAAUGUUUGAAGAUGCAAUGCUACAUGUUUGCAGAAUAAAUAGAAUCCUUGAAAAUCCACGUAGUAAUGCAUUACUAAUUGGUGUUGGUGGUUCAGGUAAACAAACAUUGGCACGUUUAGCAUCUUAUAUAUCAUCAUUGAAUGUAUUUCAAAUUCAAAUAAAACGUGGUUAUACAAUAUUAGAUAUGAAAAAUGAAUUAGCAAAUUUAUAUACAAAAGUUGGUUUAAAAAAUGUUGCAUCAGUAUUUUUAAUAUCGGAUGCACAAAUACCAGAUGAAUCAAUUUUAAUGUUAGUAAAUGAUAUGCUAGCAUCAGGUGAAAUACCCGAACUAUUUACGGAUGAUCAAUUUGAAACAAUUAUAAAUGGUAUAAGAAAUGAAGUUAAACAAAAUGGUACACUUGAUACAAAAGAUAAUUGUUGGAAAUUUUUUAUUGAAAAAGUUCGUCGUCUAUUAAAAACAGUUUUAUGUUUUUCACCAGUUGGUACAACAUUAAGAGUUAGAGUUAGAAAAUUUCCGGCUAUUAUUAGUCGUACAAGUAUUGAUUGGUUUCAUGAAUGGCCAAAAACAGCAUUAGAAUCUGUAUCGAAAAAGUUUUUAUCUGAAAUUGAUGUUCUACCGUUUGGUUUUUUUUUUCAGGGUGAAGUUGUAGACCAAAUUGGAUGUUUUAUGGCAUAUGUUCAUGGCACAGUUAAUCAGAUUUCGAAAAUUUAUUUUCAAAAUGAAAAAAGAUUUAAUUAUACAACACCAAAAACAUUUUUAGAAUAUAUAUCAUUGUAUAUAAAAUUGCUAAAAAAUAAAUCUGAUGAAUUUACAAAAAAGAUAACAAGAUUGGAAACUGGUAUGUCGAAAUUAGCAGAGUGUGCAAUUCAAGUUGAAAUGUUAAAGAAACAACUAGCUAUUCAAGAAAUUGAAUUGAAUGCAAAGAAUGAUGCAGCUGAUAAUCUUAUAGUUAUUGUUGGAGCUGAAAAUGAAAAAGUUAAAAAAGAAAAAUUUGCAGCAUACGAAGAAGAACAACGUGUUAGAAUAAUUGAAGAAGAUGUUUGUAUAAAAACUCAAUUAUGUGAAGAAGAUUUACGUAGAGCUGAACCAGCUUUAGUUGCAGCACAUGAAGCUUUAGAUACAUUAAAUAAAAAUAAUUUGACGGAAUUAAAAUCAUUUGGUUCACCACCAAAAGCUGUUGUAAAUGUAUGUGCUGCUGUAAUGGUAUUAUUUGCAUUAAAUGGACGUAUACCAAAAGAUCGUAGUUGGAAAGCUGCAAAAUUAAUGAUGGUUAAAGUUGAUCAAUUUUUAAAUGAUUUAGUAAAUUAUGAUAAAGAUAAUAUACAUCCGAAUGUAAUAGAAGCAUUACAGGAUUAUUUAAAAGAUCCUGAAUUUAAUCCAGAUAAAAUUGUUCAAAAAUCUGUUGCUGCUGCUGGUCUUUGUGCUUGGGUAAUUAAUCUUCAUCGUUAUCAUGAAAUAUUUCAAAUUGUUGGACCGAAACAAAAAGCACUUGAAGAUUCACAAGAGGAAUUACAAGAAGCACGUGAACGUUUAAGUUAUUUAAAAGAGAAAAUUUGUAAUCUUGAAAAAAAACUUUCACAAAUUCAAUCAGAAUUUAGUUCAGCAUUAGAAGAAAAACAGCGAUGCCAACUGGAAGCUGAUAAAACUGCAUUUACGAUCGAUUUAGCACAUCGUCUUGUCAACGGACUUUCUAAUGAGAAUAUACGAUGGAAGGAAUCGGUAUUAAGCCUCCGGAAUAAAAUUGUAACAUUACCCGGUGAUAUACUUUUGAUAUCUUCAUUUUUAUCAUAUGUGGGUUGCUUUACUAGAAGAUAUCGGCAAGAAUUACAAGAAAAGCUAUGGAUACCAACGUUUAAGAAAAUUGAACCAAUUAUACCACACACCGAGGGAGUUGAUCCAUUGACAUUGAUUGCCGAUGAUGCUCAAAUAGCAUUGUGGAAUAAUGAAGGUCUCCCAAUGGAUAGAAUGUCAACUGAGAAUGCAACAAUUUUAACAAAUUCUACAAGAUGGCCUUUAAUGAUUGAUCCACAAUUACAAGGACUUAAAUGGAUCAAAAACCGUCUUGGAGAUAAUCUUAUUAUUAUACGACUUAGUCAAAAAGGUUAUCUUGAUAUUAUUGAAAAAGCUAUGUCCACAGGAAAAACAGUUUUAAUUGAACAAAUUAGUGAAAGUUUAGAUGCUGUUCUUGAACCAUUAUUAAGUCGUUCUUUGAUAAAAAAAGGACGCUUUAUUAGAAUUGGUGAUAAAGAAAUGGAUUAUAAUCCAGAAUUUCGUUUAAUAUUACAUACAAAAAUACCAAAUCCACAUUAUAAACCAGAAAUGCAAGCACAAACAACAUUAAUAAAUUUUACAGUAACACCUGAUGGUUUAGAAGAACAACUAUUAGCAGAAGUUGUUAAAAUUGAAAGACCUGAUUUAGAAAAUAUGAAAACUGAGGUAACAAUACAACAAAAUAAAUUUAAAAUAUCCUUAAAAGAAUUAGAAGAUGAAUUAUUGGUACGUUUAGCUACUGCUGGUGAAAACGUUUUAGAAGAUGCAGCACUUGUUUUAAAUUUAGAAGCAACAAAAAAAACAGUUUGUGACAUUGAAAUUAAAGUUGAAGAAUCAAAAAUAACAACAUUAAAAAUUGAUGAAACACGUGACAUAUAUCGUUAUGCGGCAAAACGUGCUGCCAUAUUAUAUUUUGUAUUAAAUGAUCUACAUAAAAUUAAUCCAAUUUAUAAAUUUUCACUAAAAGCAUUUAUGAUUGUUUUUAAAAGGGCUAUCAGUAUGGCUGAAAUAAAUGAAAAUUUAAAUAAACGUGUCGAAUCUUUAGUAAAUUCAAUAACAUAUCAAACACAUUUAUAUACAUCAAGAGGUCUAUUUGAGCGUGAUAAAUUGAUAUUAACAUCACAUAUGGUAUUAAGGAUAAUGAUAAAUUCAAAAAAAAUUAAUAAAGAUGAAAUGGAUUUUUUAUUACGAUAUCCACAUGAUCCAAAUAAUUUGUCACCAUAUGAAUUUAUAAGUAAAGAAUCAUGGGGUGGUAUAAGAUAUUUGGCAUUGAUUGAAAAUUUCUAUGGUCUUGAUAAGGAUAUCGAAAAUUAUACAAACCGAUGGAAAAAAUUUAUAAUAAGUGAGAUGCCAGAGAGAGAAAUCUUUCCUGGUGAAUGGAAAUUACGUACACCAUUGCAAAAAUUAUGCAUUAUAAGAGCUGUAAGACCCGAUCGAAUGAUAUAUGCAAUGCGGUUGUUUAUUGAACAAACAAUGGGAAAAUGUUAUACUGAAGAGAAAGUAAUACCAUUUAAUGAAAUUUUUAAAGAGAUAACCUCAUCUGUUCCAGUAUUUUUCAUUUUAUCACCUGGUAUAGAUCCUAUACGAGAUGUUGAAAUUCUUGGUAAACAAUUGGGUUAUACAAUUGAUAAUGGUAAACUACAUAAUAUAUCAUUGGGUCAAGGGCAAGAGUAUGUUGCUGAAAAAUCAAUUGAAACAUCAAUUAAAUAUGGUCAUUGGGUGAUUUUACAAAAUGUUCAUCUUGUUGCUAAAUGGUUACCAAGACUUGAAAAAUUAAUUGAACGUACAACAUCAGCAGCAACCUCAACAUCAAAUAAAAUUUUAUCAACAUAUACAAAGUUAAAACAAAAUACAACAAAUUCUAUAACAAUACCACAAAAUUCCACAAUUGAAACAGAAAAUCAACUUAAAUAUAAUAAUCAUUAUUGUCAUCCUGAAUUUCGUUUAUAUAUAAGUGCUGAACCAGCACCGGAUCCAGAAUGUCAUGUUAUACCGCAAGGUAUACUGGAAUGUUCAAUGAAAAUUGUUAAUGAACCACCAACAGGUAUGGCAGCAAAUUUACACAAAGCAUGGAAUAAUUUUAGUCAGGAAACUCUUGAGACCUGUACACAAGAAGUUGAAUUUAAAUCAAUUUUAUUUACACUAUGCUAUUUUCAUUCAGUAUUAAUUGAAAGACGUAAAUUUGGUGCACAAGGUUGGAAUAAAAAUUAUCCUUUUAAUAUUGGUGAUUUAACAAUUAGUGCAAAUGUGUUAUAUAAUUAUUUGGAAGGUAGUAAUAGAACGCCAUGGGAGGAUUUACGUUAUUUAUUUGGUGAAAUAAUGUAUGGUGGUCAUAUAACUGAUGAUUGGGAUCGUCGUUUAUGUCGUACAUAUUUAGAUGUUUUAAUGAUACAAGAUUUAAUUGAUGGUGAUUUUGAAUUAUGUCCUGGUUUUUUAGCUCCACCAAAUUUAGAUUUUGACGGAUAUCACAAUUUUAUUGAUGAUAAUUUACCUGAUGAAUCUCCAAUUUUGUAUGGUUUACAUCAAAAUGCUGAAAUUGGAUUUUUAACGUCAACAUCUGAAAAUCUUUUAAAAAUAAUAUUUGAAUUACAACCACGGGAAUCAGAAUUAUGUAGUGAUGUUUGUACAUCCCGUGAAGAAAUUGUUAAAAUAAUGAUUGAUGAUAUAUUAGAUAAAUUACAAGAUGAAUUUAAAAUUAUUGAAUUAAUUGGACGAAUUGAUAAGAAAACCCCAUUUGUUGUAGUUGCACUACAAGAAUGUGAACGAAUGAAUAUAUUAAUACGAGAAAUUAAAAGAUCAUUACGAGAAUUAAUGUUAGGUUUAAAAGGUGAAUUAACAAUUACAUCUGAAAUGGAAUCUUUAGAUAAUGCAAUUUUUUAUGAUUAUAUACCGGAAACAUGGUCAAAAUUAGCAUAUCCAAGUUUAUUAAGAUUACAACCAUGGCUAUCAGAUUUGUAUUGGAGAAUAAAAGAUUUAAGUAGCUGGGUGAUUGAUUUUACAUUACCGUCUACAGUAUGGUUAGGUGGUUUAUUUAAUCCUCAAAGUUUUCUUACAGCAAUAAUGCAAGAAUCAGCUAGAAAAAAUGAUUUACCAUUAGAUAAAAUGUGUUUGUGUUGCGAAGUAACUAAAAAAGAGAAAGAUGGUAUAAGUUCCUCUCCAAAGGAAGGUGCUUUCAUUCAUGGUCUAUUCAUUGAAGGCGCCAGUUGGGACUGUAAUGCGAAUUCUAUUGUUGAAUUACGACCAAAGGAACUGUAUUCGUUAAUGCCAGUCAUGUAUAUUAAAUCAAUAAUACAAGAGAAACAAGAUAUUUAUAAAAUGUAUGAAUGUCCAUUGUAUAGAACAAGAGGUCGUGGUCCAACGUACAUUUGGACCUUUAAUCUAAGAACAAAAGAGCAUCCUUCCAAAUGGAUACUGGGUGGUGUUGCACUCUUAUUGCAAACUUAGUCUAAUUAUUAAUUUCUUGAUGUUUUAAAUGUUUUUAUUUAAAUGUUUGUAAUAUUCAUAAUAACCUAUAGCUUUAUUAGUGCUUAAUUAUUUAUGAAAGAUUAUGUAAAAUUUAAAAUGUUACUUUAUAGCUAAUAUAGUUGUUGUUGUUUACAUUAUUGUAUGAAUCACGUUAAAUAUUACAGAAAUGUGAUUUUUGAACUUAAAUGUGGAAAAUUGAGAAAUUUUAAUUAAUUAAAAAUUGUUAUAUUGUUACUUUAAUCUUAAAAUAAAU